AUGGCAAAGUCUGAUACGUUUUAUCUGGAAGCCUCCCAGCUUUUAUGUAUUGCUUCCUCAAAAACUACCAGUCUGAGAAACGCUUAUUUUAAUCAGAAGUCUACCAAAAGUAAAGCUGUUUAUGCUCUUGUCGCCAAGUGCUUAAGAGUGCAACCGGUUAUUAUUGCCGCAUUAAAGGAAGUAGGUGCUCUGAAAUGCAAUAUUUCACACAUUAAAUCUUCGAACUCAAACGCUUGUACUGCAUGCUUAUUGUCUGUUGUGGCAUUUGAUGUCAGUUGUCCACGGCGAUCGUUUGGUUCAAGAAGGGAAGCUCUUAAACUACUACAACAGCACGGAUCUUCCCAUAAUAUAGCUUCAAGUCUUCGUAGAAUCAUAAAAAGUGGUGUCAAGUCAGCUGGUGCCAAUAAAAUCGUCACCCAAAAGAUUCCAGUUUAUGUGCGUGUCAUUGAACCAAUGGAUAAAAUUAUUGAAACUUUAUCAAGUGUUGAAAGCUUUAAGCAGAUUUCCUAUGAUCAUGGAACAACGUCCUACAAAAAGUUUAUCAAACUCGUAAAGGGGCUUAAAAUUGAUGAAUUUAUAAGAGAUUACCAUUUCCCCUAUUUAUUACUACUUUUUGCACCCGGAACAGACCUUCAUCUUUCUUCUAUAAUUACGUCUAAAUUGGGUGUUAUUCAGGAUAAGGCAAGCUGCCUUCCACCUUUGGUUUUGUUGGAUGCUAUUAGCUUACCCCAGAACCAAUCAAUUACUAUUUUAGACGCCUGUGCUGCUCCUGGAAACAAAACUACACUUUUACUAUCAGGUUUGAAAGAUUUUUCACAACGUAGCCAGGUUAUUGCUCUCGAUAGAGACAAACGGAGGUUUGAUCAGCUUUGUAGGAACCUAAAGGGUUUUCACAAGGAUAUUUUAUAUGUGAACGAUGAAGUUAAAAAUCCUGAAGCACAAUUUGAUAUCACCUGUGAUACAAGAUUGUGCGAUUUUCUGAAUAUAGAUCCGAUGGCAGAUAAGGAUUUUUCUGAUGUAACAGCAAUUAUUGUUGAUCCGACUUGCACUGGCUCGGGUCUACGAUCCAAGUGUCCAGAACUGAUGGCUGAGAGCGAACACCAGGAGGAGACUGGUCGGGUGGAUCGUUUGGCUAGUUUGCAGGCGAAAAUUCUUAGACAUGCUCUCUCCUUCCCAUCUGUACUUGUCGUUGUUUACUCAACGUGCUCUGUCUACCAACAGGAGAAUGAAGGAGUUAUUAUGGAUGUUAUAAAUUCCGGAGCAGCAAACGAUUUUGAGCUCUUGUCAGUCUGGAGAAAGGGGAAUAAGAGGGAGGAAAAUGGCGCUCCGUUGAGUCGUUUUACUCCUCAGGCUCGAUGGAAAUCGCGAGGUCGCAUUGAAGGUGUUGACGAAGAUGAUGAUAUGAAUCAAAUGAUGUCUAGGUGUCUUCGUUCUUCCACGGAAAAGGACCUCACUAUUGGAUUCUUUGUUGCCUGCUUCAAGCGCAAGGAGUGA